AUGGGAUUCAAUUCGGUAUGUGGGGUAAAAUGUAGUACCAAUAUUACACCAAUUAUCAGUAAUCGUGAUAAAAAUUAUAAACCUUUUCGUGAAGCUAUUGAAAAUAAUUAUUUUAUAAAAGAUAUUCGGUUGGUUAGCGGAGAUGAUCCAGACCAUAUUCCAUUCAUAGUUCCUAUAUUUGUCCGUUCAGGAGCUAUCAUUCCUACAAUUGAAUUAGAACAAUAUGUUGGGGAGCAUGAUGGUGUUAGUUCCAAGUCAGAUCCUAUAAAUCCUUAUCGAGAUAGAAAACAAGAUGAAAAGUGUGAUGAAGCAGAUACUGCCAACGAUGAAUUACGUGCAAUAGAAAUUAGCCACUCUUUUACAAGUCAAGGUAGAACUAUUGAUUUUAAAAGAAAACACAAUAAAUACAGUCUAGAGUUUGAAAAGUAUUUUUUUCUUGCAAUAUUUCAUGAUCCAAGUGAAACAAAUGGAAAAUCUGGUCCACUCAAAAAUGUUCAAAUACAACAUAGAAAAGAAGUGACCAAGGACGUUGAAUCCAAAUCUAUUCCAGUUGGUAGCGAAAGACAAGCCGAGUUAGUAAAUGAAUCGACUACGAAUGCAUAG